AGGUGGGAGGGGCGCGAGGUACCAAAUUGCAUGUUGAGCGUCCGGAGCAGGUUCGCUUGACCGUGAGAAGUGAAAAUUCAUGAAAGUGGAUUAACCGCACUGAGAGGGAUGAGUGAAUUCCGAUUGCUAUCGUAACUUUAGGAUUAAUUUAYUGACUUUUAAUUGACGCUUUCGUGGUGAUUGUGGUGUAAUAUGUGACAAGGGGGAAGCAGGAGCUUACAUCUACGGAAGUCCUCUAAAGACCUCUUCCUGUUUCAAACCCCCUUCAUCCUCCCUUCUUCCCCCUCCCCCGUGUACCGUUCCGCUUUUCACCCUGUCUUUUUUUUGUGACCUCUCCAUCAUCCAUCCACCAUCUUCUAUUUUGUUCCAAUCUCGUUCCCUGUAACUCCUGUAUCCUGCUGUGGAUACUCUCUACCAAUUGUGUGUGUGCCAUCUAUUGUAUGUCUGUGUCGGUGAGAAACCCGCCACAGCGGCGGCGAUCUCUGGGUCCCGUUUCGCCAAAACGCAUCUACAGAAACCUGUCGGUCAGGCUGAGGGGCGGAGAGUCCUCUUUUUCCGGAGAGACAGACAUGCCGAAACAUUCAUGCAAGGCCACUCACACAUAUAAGAACCUGUGGGAGGCAGUGGAGAAUGAGGACACCCUGGUGGUGCAAAGCCUGCUAUUCAGGGACAGGGUGUGUGGCGGAGGAGGAGGACGGGAUAAAGAGAAGAAAGAGAAGGACUGGGAAAGAGAGAGGGAGAAAGGUGUAAACAGAGUGAGUGAGCAGGGCCUGGUACCUCUGGAUGUGGCUGCUCUAACCCAGAACUCCCCUCUGCUGCACGUGUUGACAAAGGCAGGAGCCAGACACAACCCCGUCUUGUGUCUUCCAGCGGAGUGGUUGUGCAAGCUGGAUGCCCUGGUAAUGUUGGCCGACAGGCAGGUGGAGGACAGGAGGGAGGAGCUACUGGGUGGAGCAGGGGCGGGGCCACAUGUGCAGACCGACAUACRGAGGCAGCUCCACCUCUGGACUCUGCGGCAGCAGCUGUACUGCAGGAUGAGGGAGAGCUUCCACCGCACAGACCUCCCUGGCCCUCCAAGURGUGUKUCACUGUUUGUGACCAGUGCCUCUUCCCUGUUUGUGUCCAUUCGAGAGCCAACCGGUAUCGCCACUGGAUUGAUCACACGCUACAGAGUGGAAUGGAGCACCUCUGCCAACUUCAAGAGCAUACUUGGCUCAGCCCAGGUGAUCGACACUAAGACCCUAGUCCACAGCAUCACAGGACUCACGACAGGAAUGCACUACUUUGUGAGAGUGACCGCCUACAAUGUGAAGGGAUGGGGCCCGGCUCAGAGCUCCAGCCCAGUCAGUGCUGCCCCCUCCAGCUGGAGGGAGUGUAUGGGAGUGAAAACUCCAAGCAGGAACAAGGAGGCUCUAGCCAGGAGACUGUUGGAGCAGACCAGAGAGCCACACUACAAGGGAUACUGUAUAGAGAGCUCCAAGCCCCAGAGCCCCAGUAAGCGCCUGUCUAUGACUCGCAGCCUGAAGCUGCUCUUCCAGUCAGCCACCAAGUUUGUCCGUCUCCUACAGAGGGGUGUAUACCUGGCAACUGUGUUCUACAAAAAGGAAAACAUCCUGGUCACAGCAGAUGACCAUCUCCCAUUGGUGGAGAUCCAGUGCUGCUCCACCUCCAUCUCUCAGGACUUCCUUUGGUUUGCCAAGUUGUCCUGUGCAUGGCAACAGGUGCCCUGGCUCCAGCAGGCCCUCUCCUCCGCUCUCUCCUCCUCUUCAUCACUACUUCAGAACAGGCACAAUAUCUUGCAGGCUGUAGCACAACUACAGUCCUCUCUGGGAACAGUAGACUUGGGCCAGGUGUACUAUGAGCCUCUGAAGGACAAGCAGGGUAAUGUCCUGCUGGUGACAGUGAAGGAUUGUGCGGCCCACACAAAACCCCCGGACGUCCCUCUCCACUGGGUCCCCCUGGCCUGGCUGGAGAAGAACCGGAGCAGGACCCCUCUACUCCCAGAGCCUACUGCCAUGGACACCCUCACAGAGCAGCUCAAGGAGAAGCUGUCCUACCACAGACACAGUGUCCAGUGGGCCCAGUCUGGCCUGUACGUGGGCAUCUUGAAGCUGUGCAGCACAGUGGAGCAGAUCAGGGUUCUAGUGCCCCAGAGGCUGCCCAACCUGCUAUGCCACGCCAGAGUACGCCACAAUCCCCAUGUGUCCCGCGAUGAAUGGGCGUGGUUACAAAGCCACAACAUGUUAACAGCCAAUGAGGACACAGAGAAUGAGGAUGAGACCUCGAUGGACAGCUCUGGGCUGGGGGACUUUGUGAGGUCACUCAGGGCCGCUGUCACUCUCUUGUUGACAAAGCUCAACAUCCCCCUCUACAGGGCAUAUCAGUACGGUGUGUACACUCGGGAGCUGCUGCAGUUUGGGGAUAAGAUGUCCAUGCUGCUCCUGCUGCCCCCCAGUGAAGACUUCAGUUCUAGCUACUGGCCCYURGUGGGCACCAAGGARCCAGGCCUCACAAUGCCACUGCAGAUMUUUGARCUGGGUAUGUAUUGGUGCCAGGGUUGGGUUUAAGUUUCAAGUAUUUAUUGUCAYGYGCACAAGUACAGUGAAAUGCCUUUCUUGUUUGCUCUUUCCCAACAAUGCAGUAAUCAAUAUCAGUAGUACUAUAAAAAAGUWAUAAAAAGURAAGUAGAACAAAAACACAKAAAUAGAAAUAAGAAGAAUACGAGAAAGUAAGUAAGCUAUAUACAGGAUCAGUUCCAGGGUCAGUGACAAUACCUUAUUUACAAUGUGCAGGGAUACUGGAGUGGGAGGGUUAGAUAUGUAUAGGRGUAAGGUGACUAGGCAUCGGGAUAUAUGAUAAACAGAGUAGCAGCAGUGUAUUUGAUGAUUGUAUGUGAGUGUGUGUGCRYGUGUGUAGAGUUAGUAUGAAUGUAUGUGCGUGUUAUGUGYGUGUGUGCUUGCCUUGCGGAAGUAGAGAGAACAGUCUAUGGGGUGGCUGGAGUCUUUAACAMUUUUCUGGGCCUUCCUUUCACACCGCCUGAUAUAGAGGUCCUGGGUGGCAGGKAGCUCAGMCCCAGUGAUGUYCUGGGCUGUCCACACCACCCUUUGUASUGCCAUGUGAUCGAKGUCAGUGCAGUUGCCRUACCAAGCAGUGAUGCAGCCAGWCAWGAUGCUCUCAAUG